AUGGGUCGCAAACCAAUUAUCAGCGUCUUCGCCUUGUUGGUGCUGUUUCUGAGCCUAGCAUUCUUUGAAAAGCUGGAGUUCUCAGUAUCUUUCAACAGCGGUCGCUCCCACGAGUCAGUUCCAACCGAGGCUCCAAAAAGUCAAUGCUUGACAAGGGCGGAAGCCGAAGUGGUCCUUCAGAAAUGGAUUGAUGUAAAGAUAUCUCGGAAAUACGAGAAACAGCAUGAACUGUUUGACGAAAGCUUUCGUCUAUUUUCUGAGAGCCAGAACAGUGUCAACGGCGGUCGCAUGAUCUCACUCCCUGUAUUCUAUAACAGAAAUGAACUUUUCUGCCAUCUUAAUGAAAACGACCUGUCCGCUGCGGGCGGCAUCAUUGAUGUGAUGGCCUGGGACCACGGCUGCUACUCCAUCGCAUUCAGGUUUACGCUGCAUGCUGAAUCUCGGCCUGGCAUGCUGCCUAUCGCGGGUGUCGCUUUUAUCACGCUCGAGCCAAAUACUCACAGAAUCAGGGAGGUGUAUGAAGAGUUCAACAAUAUCGAGUGGCUUAGGGGGCAUUCAUCUUGUCCGAAAACUGUGAUCGAGUCGGACCCUCACAAAGGAAUUUCGUGUAUAGUCUUUGCAUAG